UGGAAGCCCAGUCAUCGCAUAAAAACGCGGUGCACACCGUUGCCAUAUCGAAUUCAUCGUCGCAGAAGCUACAAUGAUCGCUCGCGCGGCUGUGCUAUUGCUCGGGCAGUGGCUCGGGCAGGCCUGCGCGUUUCAGGCAUCCGUGCAGCCCCUGAGUCAUGGUGCAAGACGCUCCAGCCCUCUCGCCGCGACAGCCACGACGGAGGAGCCCGUGCUGACACUCUACAGAGAUACCAACGGCUGGUGCCCCUUCUGCGAGCGCGUGUGGAUCGGACUCGAGAAAAAAGGCAUCCCGUGCGUGACACGGCGUCUAUGAAUCGAUUACAUGCGGCCGCGUCGACGCCAUCGACGCAACACGUUGCGCAGGUACGACGAGAAGCUCAUCAACCUCCAGGACAAGCCCCAGUGGUACCUCGAUAUAGUGCCGACGACGCUCGUGCCGGCGAUCGAGUGGCACGACGAGAACUGGGAUGCCGACACCCCGGGCAGCGGCGCGCUCGUGUGGGAAUCGAAGGACAUCCUCGAAGCCAUGGAUGCAAAAUUCGCCGAGACGCCUUUGCGCUCCGCCGACGAGGAGGUCGCGGAAGUCGUCGAGGUCCUGAACGCGUCCGUGGGAUUUGUGUACGGCGCGCGGAACGGUACGGCCGACGACAAGGGGGCCCGCUUCGCGGCGGCGCUCGACGCGCUCGAUGGAGUGCUUGCGUCGUCGGGCGGUCCGUUCGUGCGCGGCGGCGAGCUCUCCGCGGCCGAUCUGGCCCUGGCUCCGACGCUCGAGCGGUUUGGAGAACAACUCAAGGUGCUCAAGCCGGAGUUUCCGGCGCUCGACGCGGGCCGACCGGCCAUCACGCGCUGGUCCGAAGCCAUGGACCUCGAGCCCGCCUACACGCGCCGAGUGAAGGGCGACGCCUACUCUUGGACCGCGGUAACGUCAUCGUUCCUGCGCAUCUUCGCGAACGCGAGCGACGCCGAAACUCAGGCCAAAAUAGCCAAAGCGGACAAGGCGGCGGCGGCGCUGCUCGCGGAGUCGCGGGCGGAUGCGACGGCGCUCGAUGAUAAAGCCGCGUGCGCCGAGGCCGUUGCCGCCUUGUCGAAGAACCGCAAAAAUGUCGCCAGAGAUGCCGCCGACUCGUCGCCGAAGACUCAACCUCACGUGAAGCGCGCCAAGACGGCCCAAGCGGCGGAGGAGGCGAUAGAUGCUGCUCUCGUCGUGCUCGACGGCGGCAAGGCGCGCGUCUCGGGAGAGGCCAAGGUAGCGGCGGCCGCCAUCGCCGCGAGGCUCUGCGCACCAAGAGACAUGGGCGCGCCCGCCGCGGCGGCCCUCCGGCACACGCUCCUCGUCCUCGCGGAGAAGAAGCCGCGCGGGUCGCGCCUUCUGAAGGCGCUGCAGAUCUUUUUCUUCUGGCUCUAGGGGCCUAACCCAUGUUGUAUACAGUCACUUACACACUAGAAGAGCGACGCGAAGAAGCCGCCGCUCGCGCCGAAGGCCGAACU